AUGGCCAACUGGAGAGAAAGUGGUGAGGUCCCCGACUCGGAGGAUGACGACUUUGAUAGCCAGAUCACCGACCAGCCUUCUUUGCCGCCAACUCUCCAAGGAUCAGUAUCAUCGAAACAUCCGAUUGGGGUGAAGGAUAUAUGGGAAAUUCCGUCUUCUCAGGAUGAUGAUGGCCUGGCGAAAUCGGACACCCUCACUCUCCAACACAGCAGGCAGCUGUCGGAUGACUCGUCUCUGUCGACACUUUCACCGUCUCGCACCCCCGGCGAUUCGCAUUGCGCGACCCAACCCAGCCUCGAUACACCGAAUGGCCCUCCUCCUCCUUCGUCAUCAGCCCUAUCUGAGGCGCCGGUGGUGGAUUCAUAUCCAAACGAUCUUGACCAAAAUGACAUCCUGCAGCGCGAUACGCCAUCUCCACGUAGCCCAGGACGGUUUUCGCCCCUGCCGAGUCAGAUCCUUGGACACGAUGCUGAAGAGCUCCUGGCUGCCCAGAGGCUAGUCGUUUCAAACGAAAGAUCCCUCCGAACACGAAGGCCAGAGCAACUACGACCGUACCAGACCGAAAGAGCUCGAUUUAACUCCGAAUGGAGGCAGCAUGGUCUCCGGCCUGUUAGAAUCGCCAAUGAUGAAGAUCGAAGGGAUAAAAAUGACGAAGAGUUGCUGGAGGAAGCAGAGUUCCAACCAGAAACUCAGGAAUCAGCCUCCCAACAUGUUUUGGAUGAAGGGUCAAUGGACUUGAGCCGGAAUACUGCCUCCUCCUCGCAAAGAUCGCUAGAUCCACCAAAUGACAGGAAUGAGAGCAGCCAACUCAGUAUUCAUGACGAUACUGACAACACAACGUUGGAUGGGGAGGAGCUGCCAUCGUUAGAAGAUUUAAUGUCAGGUCGAUACAAGUUCGGAACAAAGAGGAACACCAAACGUCGUGCCUACCGGCCCUCAAAGGACCAUAGGCGGGACAGAGAGCCUCGUCUUGAUUCUGUUCCUGACGAUGGAGGACCGAAGUUUAUUAUGCCACCAGGUUCGCCUGAUCCCACGGAUGUUUCGAGGAUCGGUUCACGGCCAGCAAUCGGGCUAGGAGGAGAUGCGCUUGCAUCCUCUCCUAAAUCACCUACUUUGUCUCCAGUGGGCCCAACAUCAUACAAUCUUCCCUCUAUCUCACCUAGCUUGCCGAUGGCUUAUCAUGAUUCCGCCGAAGCUGUUGACCCUUUUGAAUCGUCAGAACAGUCCCAACCCGAAGACGGAAAGGACGGACAUCUAUUGUCAAGUGCAUCAUCUGAAAGUGAGUCCGACAUUGUCAACCAAAACAGUCGUAAGAUCAAAGGUGUUCUCCCCGCUUCUUGGCUUCGUUUGGAUCAGAAGAGCAGUCGAAGCAAAUUUCAGAAGAAAAUCACUCGCCGGCCACUGGAUCCCUUGCAUUUCGAUGAUAACCGACGUGGUGUUGCGAGACGGAAGGAAGCGUCUUCGUUCUCCAAUGGCAAUGAUUUUAUGUUCGAGGAGUCCGAGGAAGAGCCCACCAAUAUUCCAAACGACAAAGGACAGGAUAGGCCUAUGCAUAAUCAAACAACUCUUGAGAUUGAGAAUACGACUCCCUUGCCUAUGUAUGAGAUCUCAUCAGAUGACGAGUCUAUUAUAGAACAUGACUACAUUGAGCCUCUUCUCGCCAGCCGAAAACGUCAAACGAAACUACCUGACGCAUUUCAAAGUCAAACAAAACGCCAAAAGGUGUCUAAACCUGCCAGUAGAUUGCCCUCCAAAGCGUCUAAAGCAGCACAUCCUAAGCAAGGACCGCCAUUGCAUGCUCGAUCUUUAGGAAAAGGAGGACGAAAGCCAAAUGCUCCAGGGCGGCAGAGAAAUUCGAGGGUUGUUAAACAUGCCAAAACCACUCGAAAAGUCAACCUAGCGCCUCGUCUCAGCAUCCUCGAUGUAAUUGAGCCUGACGCUCCGAGGUUCAUUAGAAUCGCUGCCCGCACCGUAAAAGGGCGUCGAGAUCGCGGCCGAGCCAGCCCGAAUGGGAAGAACAUCCAGCUCGCUACGCGGAAGGAUCACAUCGAUGCGAUAAGUGCUCUUCGCGAUUGGACCUCAGGCUCAAUCAAGCAGCGCACCUCUGUGUUGGCAGCUCACCAAACAAAGGCUAUGUCAAGAAGCCAUAAUCCUCUCGAUGGCGCUCUUUCUCAGUUCUCCAUGCAAUUGAGCAAAGGGUCUAUAACGAAGCAAAAAUCUAACCAGCUAAGCAAGGCCAAGCGCACUGCCAGCAUAUCGUUCAACAAGCUUCGAGACAAUACAAGAAAAUCUUCUAAGAACCCCGUGCAAGUGGCAGCACUUUCUCACCAGUCAUUAUCACACACUCGAUUAGCUCAGCUAGAGGUUGAUGAUAAUACUGAGGCAGCCCGCUUUAGGUUUUCCUGGGGGAAGAAAGCGCUCGAUCACCUUUAUCAAGGAGAUAAUAGGGGCCCAGAACCUACCUCAGUGCUGUCCAGCGCCAAGCAAAUACAUCCAUACUCACCCAAUCGAAAUCUAAUCUCCAAGACUCAGCAACCCAGUACUGCCAAGAACACGCGAUGUCGGAAACACACUAAGCCACGGCGAAUAGAUGUUGAGUCGCCUGAAUAUAGUCACGCCAAUGACCCUUUACCGCCCGUGCUGGACCAAACGCUAGAAGUGCCGACCAACCAUCAGACGCGCAAGGGAGCCAAACUAUUUGGGCUUGGACCUUACGGCACACAGUAUACCCACCACUUUGAGGUGUUCCCUCUACAUUCUGAUGUGUUCUUCAAUGACACGAGCCUUAUUGGCACUGGUGCCAUAGAAGUGGCUGCCAGCACCGAAUACCCACAGUCACUCUGGCGUCGAAAGCAGCGAGUCCCUUUCACACUCGACGGCGAGAGGUUUCAAUGGGGAGAGUGGACUUCUCAGGUUUCAUCUGAGCUUGGGCUGUUGCUGGAUCACAUUGUUGACCAGAUUGAAGCUCGAAACGGCGGACCCAGUACACCGGAUGGUAGCGACGCCAUCGCCGGGUCCGCCUUCCUGCUGUCAUAUGUAAACACGGCCCUCAGUUUCACUACAGACUCGGAUCUGAAUUCUUUUCUUUCUCGUAUACUAGAGGUGAUCCAAAACUUCAACACGCGUAUCAUCUCAAUAAUGGAGAGUAAAAUCCCUUUAGGAGAUUCCUUGCUGCAGCCCAUUGCACAGGUAUUGGACUACAUCCUCGUCGUUCUAUACCAAUGUGUACGGAUUAGUCGCACCAAUCCAUCCUUGCUGAGAGAACAACUCUCGAUGGAGAAUCUUCUAAAGUCAAGCGCAAGUAUUGCAAUCCGGGUUCUCUUACAAUUUGGGCCUCAUCGAGUUAGGCAAGCGCUCUCCGAUGUGGACCAUUUCCCUCGCCGAGCAUGUGGUCUCGGGCUUCAUGAUCUCGUGAUUCACUCGUGGGUUGUCACUAUGAAAGUUCUCGAAGUUGCACGAGUUCCCCAGGCUUCAUUUUGGAUCAUCUUUCAACGGGCGAUUCUGUCUCCUACGUUUCUAUCGAGUCUUGACGCCAGGGAACAUGAACGAGUUUGGGAUAGCUUGUUCAUUCUCCUCCCUCUUACAGAAUUCAGUAACUUGGGAAAGGUGAUUCCAGGAGAACGACAUCGGAAUUCUUCUGAUGGCUGGGGACUUCCUCAGCAGUUACUGAAGCGAAUAUUCCAUCUCUACCAAGAGAACAAGCACCAAUCUCCAGGCUUUAAUGACUAUUGUCGAGCGCUCAUUGGGCGAUGUCACUAUCUUGUUGAACAGUGGGGAUGGCAUAAAUGCGCAAGCAUUGUCGGUGUCAUAUUUGAUUUCUUUGGCUCACAAAGUCUCGCCCAUCUGCGUAACGAAGAGGCCUAUAGCUCUCCUCGGUUUUUGGAAGAACUGGGCCACCAACCUUCUCUAUGCAUAGAGCGAGAAGACCGUUGCUUCCACAUAUUUCUCAAGCUUAUUGCUCUGGGUCUCCAAAAACUGAGGGCGGCAGGGUCCCUCAAAGACAUUCGCAAUCUCGUCGCCCGAGUAGUGCCAAAUCAUAAUAGGCAAUACUUGAAAGAACAACACAUUCAUGAACGUGAUUUAGCCGCUCUACGAAACCAUCACGAUUUACUCUGUACUCUGUUCUGGGCAUCGCCUCCCGAAUUACGCCCAAAUGUAAAUCUAAUCCAGGGCCUUGUUGUGCCUGCAAACUCUCACAAGGCGGCGUGUCUUAUCAAUCUGCGAACCUGGAGUCAACUUGCCCGCUUCGUCGUGGUCUCUGGUGAAGCGACAACAUCCUUGAAGCCAUUCAACGCAUGGCGUAGCUCCUUUUUUCAACAAAUACUAGAACAAUACGAAUCAGUCGCACCUGACAUUGAGCAACAGCUAUCAAAUCUCUCGAAGGAUGUAACGAAGGCAAUCAGCUCGGAAAUGGUCAGCGCAAUGAUAUCAUGGAACAAGACUGCUGUUGCAGAUGUUCUAUAUACUUCUGUGGCAGUUUCAUUGGAGGUAAUUCAACAAGCCCCGGAUCUUGAGGCGGCACUAUUUUGCCUUGGUAUUCGGCAACUACAACAAGUUUUUGCCAGAUUCUCUUCGACACCUCCAGGAUUAGAUUGGCAGAUCCUCCGGCCUUCAUUGUCGAUGCUAGAGACAUUGCUCAACCAGGUCGACGAGUUCAAGGCGAACGAGCAGAGUCAAGAAAGUGAAAGUCAGAUUCUGAACUCAGCACUCGCCGAUGAUGCCCUUCAGGUCUUGAGCCAUGAUAUUGCAAGCCUCUUCUUCUCCAUGACCCAUUGCAUCCUCUCAACGGGCGAUAAGACGAGGUCUUCCGAACAGAGUCAGUGCACCGAGCUCGUCGUGGUGUUGGCGGCGAGACUUGGCAUGAGGCUAUCUGAGACCGGCUGCAUACAGUUCUUGGAUUUGUUCAAACCCGGGGAAUGUGGGCUUUGGAGAUCCCUGCCACACGAUACUAGCAUCAACCAGCGGAGAUAUUUGCCCAUCUUUAUCACAACCCUCUUAAGGCAUGGGUUUUCUAAUUGGAGUGAGGGGCAUUUGAUCUUGAUCGAAUUGUGGCUGAUCUCAGUUGUCAAGCCCAGAGAAGCAUUUGGUUAUGAAAAAGACCUUGCGGAACAACUCAUAUAUCAUGGAGAAGUUUUCGUGCCUAACACGGUCAAAGGUUUUGUGGGCGAUAUCAAUUACGAAAUCAAGCGACAACUUUUGGAAUACGCAGUAUCGUCGAUGCGAAAAUCGAUUCGCGAUGCUGAACCAGGGCCAAAGAGAAGCUUGCAACUGGAACAUGGAAAAGUUCUGAAACAUAUCAUGCUUUUGAUGAGGAAUGAUCUAAAAACCCUAUUACGCGAUACUAAUGAACAUCAUAUGUACAUGGGCUUUGUUAGAGAAGCAAUUGCUCUGAUUAAAACCCAUGCGUCUGAUUUCUGCACCGUUGAUGAUUUCUUCUAUCAAGUCAACCAGGAGUAUUCCCCGCCUCAGCAAGAUCCUCAACUCCAGGUCGCAACCCUGGUAUCUUACGGUAUCCGAUUGGCUGACGGAGACAUCAAAGUGGAACAUCCGCUUUUCUUUUUCCUCCUUAACCAAUUGAAGUUGGCAGUGAUGGGCGAUGGGAUACGUGAAGAAGCUAUACUUCUUUACAAAGGAAUGCAGACGAAUGGACUUCUUGGGUUUAUACUUGGCAAGAUGUUUCCUGCCAUUAUUGAGGUCUCACGAUCAGAAAGUGUGGCAGCAUUGCCCAUGGUCGACAUAUACACACACGCUUUUCAAUUACUACUGGAGGAUGGUGGCGGCCAAGGGCAGCUCCUCACAUCACACUAUACUGAGGAGCUGCAAAUCGUUUUGAAACAUAUGAUCGAAAGCAUACAAGUGCUAGGACCAGCAUGGCCUUCGAGCGAAGAGCUCCAUCUAGUAAGGCAAUACUUGGCCUUCAUGAACCUUUUGUGGCCAUCCUUGUACGCCAUUGCUCUCUCCCCGAAGAUGUCUGCGACCUUGGGAAUCCAUGGUAUUAAAGACCUUCUUAGGCAGGGUCGAGAGUGGACAAGCGUGGUAGAAGCACAACUACGCCGUGCCCUGCAGGAUGAUAGAGGUGCCUGGGGUAUCGAUUCACUAUUCCCAUCAACUGAACGACCAUUGGAAGCUAGUGGAGGCAACCAGUCGCACGUGGAAAUUACGAAGCUGGCUGAGAGCAUCAUCACGGAUGUUCGCAAGAACUGGGUUACUUUGGGUGACAGGCUCACAAUUCAAGCGCCUGGCCAAUGGCGACUUACUCAAUCAACCCAGGCGGGACAUGGGAUACAAAAGCCGCAGUGGGACCAAGGCGACCUGGUGGUGGAUCUGUUCGAAAGACUUCAAGAAUGGAAUUAUUGGUGGGAGAGAGCGUUCGAGAUGGGCCCGGCGGGUGGGGUGAACCGUGUUGAGAAGAGGCAGCAGAUUUUAUUUUGA